AUGGGCGGGGUAGUGGCGGACGACAGGACUACUACGGAAUUCACCUCUGAAAUUCCCGCGAUAGUUACUCAAGGGCUUACCCGGCAAUUCGGCAGAGUUACCGCCCUUAAUAAAGUGAGUCUGGUAGUUCCUUCUGGAACUGUCCUGGGGCUCUUGGGUCCUAACGGUUCCGGCAAGACCACCUUGCUCAGCAUUCUGGCGGGAUUCAUUGCUCCAACCGCCGGCAACUUUCAAUUGUUGGGCCAAUCCGACCACAGCGAGGCGCUGGCACGGACAGGUUCGCUUAUCUCCCGUCCUCUCUUGUGGCCCCACCUGACCUGCCGAGACAACUUGCGCUGCGUUCAGGGCAUAACCGGGGGCGAGUCAGACAUGGACGAAGUGGACCGCCUGCUCGCCGAGGUGGGCUUGGACGGCAGUGCGACCAAUCGCAAAUUCGGCCAGUGUUCCACCGGAAUGAGACAGCGUCUGGGCAUCGCCACCGCCCUGCUGGGCAAACCUGACCUGCUCCUGCUGGACGAACCCACCACAGGUCUGGACCCGGAGGGAAUGGUGGAAAUCCGGAACCUGAUCCGUGAAUUGGGAAACGCGCCGGGGCGCUCCAUAAUAAUGUCCAGUCAUUUGCUCCACGAAGUCGAACUCACCUGCGACCACUACGCGAUCAUCUUUCGAGGGAACCUGGUGGACCAGGGCCCCUUAACAAAUACACCCCCACCUGCUUCGGCCGUUCAAUUAAACACCACGGACAAUAAGCGCGCCCUUGAUUGCCUCGUCAAUAAGGGCUGGACCGCCUCCACCAACUCACGGGACACGGUCCAGCACCAAUCCUUGCUGGUGGAAAUACAGCCUGGCGCCGAAUGGAAGGUGGCCAGGGACCUGGCGGAGUUUGGCAUUUAUCCCUCAGACAUGCGCCCGUCUGAACCGACCCGUUUUACCGGAUCGCUGGAGGGAAAGUACCUGGCUGCUGUGGGCCGUGGGGAAGUUGAAGGUGUCCAGCAAGAAUGA